UGGGCGGGCUGUCGUCGCCGAUGAGUUUCCGGUUCCGGCUGUCGGCUCUGUGCGCCUAGUGCUACGUGUCCUUGGCGACUUGUCGGCCGCGCGUUGGGCAAUCAUGGAUCAGGUAAUGCAGUUUGUUGAACCCAGUCGGCAGUUUGUAAAGGACUCAAUUCGGCUGGUUAAAAGAUGUACCAAACCUGAUAGAAAAGAAUUCCAGAAGAUUGCCAUGGCAACAGCAAUAGGAUUUGCUAUAAUGGGAUUCAUUGGCUUCUUUGUGAAAUUGAUCCAUAUUCCUAUUAAUAACAUCAUUGUUGGUGGCUGAUACCUUUUGGAAGACUCAUCUUGGGGAUUGAUGAACAAAUGACUUGAGAAACUCAUGGAGUAAAAAUUUGCCUGCAUUUUGUGUUUUUUUUUCCAAGAUUUUUUUUUUUAUUUCUAAGUUUAAACAAUUUCAAAAUAAAAAAAAAUUUUCCC